AUGGCCGAGACCCUCUUCCGCUACGCUCAGCGCGAGAGGCUCUUCUCCGACAACCCAAUGGUCUGGAACGGUGUGGCUUUGAGGCUGGCAAAGGGCAGCUUCGUCUGUGCACCACAACACGACCCCCGACUCCAGCCCUGGGUCCAGGCUUUGGCCAUCCUCAAUGUCACCGCCACCGUCACUCUCACCUCGACAGUCGUCGCUGGUAUCCUCUCUGGUCUCUCGGAGAAUGCCGAAGAGGUCGCUCUCACUCCCGAGGACCGUAUCCAGGUCCUCGACAACAUCGAGGAGCUGGCCAACGCCAAGAAGGCUCAAGGUGCUGCCUUUGUCCGAACAGAGGGUCGCCUGCUCGUUUGGACCGACAAGGUCGAGGAGUUGAUGACCGUCGCCAAGGAGAUCGAGUCCAAGAUGGUACGAUACGUCUGGCAGCAGGCCACCGGCACCGUCCUUCCCGCGGCUGCCAUCGGAGCCGACGGCGCCGUCACUCGCGGUGACUUUGCCAAAGUCCCCGAAGAGGGCGUACGAACCGCAAAAGGCGGCGAGAGACUUGUCACCACUAAGGUCUUCAACGAGAAGAGCGGAGACGUCGAAGCUCUCGAGACCCACCAGGAGCGCGACACCGUCGUCAUUGCAUCAGUCUUGCACGGCUUGGCCAUUGCGCUAGACAUGCUCCUCUGCUCGCUCGUUCUUCGUCAGUUGAUCAUUCAAACUGCCGUUGAUGGAACCUACCUUCGAUUGGCCAUUGCUGCUUGCAUUCCCGGUCUCUUCAUCGUCAUCCUCUUCUUCGCCGACAACAUCGUUGGUAGCCUUUGCAUGCUUUUCGGUCCUAUCAGACAGAUGAAUGUCAACUCCAGGUAUUACUCAAGCGUUGCGCCCGAGCGCAUGCGAGGCGCGCUUCCUCACGUUACCAUCCAGAUGCCCGUGUACAAGGAGUCUCUCGAGACCGUCUUGGCUCCCACCAUUGAAUCCCUCAACAAGGCUAUCCAGACAUACGAGCUCCAGGGAGGAUCUGCUUCCAUUCUCGUGUCCGAGGACGGUCUUCUCCUCGUCGACGAAGAGGAGCGCAACAAGCGCCUGGACUUCUACGACCUGCACCACGUCGCCUGGGUCGCUCGCCCUGGACACAACGUCGACGGCUUCGAGCGAAGGGGUCGAUUCAAGAAGGCCUCUAACCUCAACUUCACUUGUGCCGUCUCUCUUGCUGUUGAGAAGAUUCUUGCCGAACGUCGACCCACCUCCGGAGAGGAGCUUGACAACUGGUCCUACGCCGAUGAGUGCGCACUCUACGACGAGGCUCUCGCCGAGGCCCUCGCCCAGGCUCACCCUCUGGCCCGAGCCUCUGGCAACAUCCGCAUUGGCGAGCUCGUCCUGCUCAUCGACUGUGACACCCGUGUCCCCGAGGACUGCUUCCUCGAUGCCGCCUCCGAAAUGACCCAGUGCCCCGAAGUCGCCAUCCUGCAGCACUGCUCCGGCGUCAUGCUGGUCACUGAGAACAACUACUUCGAAAGGGGCAUAGGCUUCUUUACGCGCAACGUAAACUUCUCGAUCUCGUACUGCGUUGCGAACGGUGACACUGCCCCCUUCAUGGGUCACAAUGCCUUCCUGAGGUGGUCCGCGAUGCAGGAAGUCGCCGCACCUGACCCAGACACCGGUGUCAAGACCAUCUGGGCUGAAUGGACCGUCUCGGAGGACUUUGAGAUCUCGAUGCGAUUGCUGAUGGCUGGUUACAUCACCCGAUGGGCUACCUACUCGAACAACGAGUUCCUCGAGGGUGUGUCGCUCACGGCCCAGGACGAACUCAACCGAUGGCAGAAGUACGCCUUUGGUGUGUCUGAGCUUCUCCUCCACCCCUUGUACAAGUGGUUCCGCCGAGGACCCAUCACCGGUCUCUUCAGGAAGUACGUCUGGGCCAGCCAGAUUCCUACCCACGCCAAAUUCGGAAGCAUCUCCUACAUGUUCUCGUACUACGCCAUCGCAGUCGCUUUGCCUCUUACCGUCACUCUCGUCCUGCUACAAGCCUGGUCUGCCCCAACGCUGGAUCAUGCCUUCUUGCAGCCAUUCAGGGUCUGGAUUGCCGUCAUCGUCGUCUUCUCUGGUCUGGGUAAUCUUUCCUACAUGAUUUCCAAAUACCGAGCGCGAGGAAUCAGCUUCAUCACCAGCUUGAAGGAGCACGUCGCUUGGCUCUUCUUCAUGCUCGUCUUCUUCAGUGGUCUCUCCUACCACGUCUCCACCGCUCUUGUGGCCCACCUCGUGUCGUACAACAUGACCUGGGGCUCAACGAUCAAGGAUCUCGAGGACUCGAACUUCUUCCGAGAGAUUCCCGCCAUCUUCAAGAAGAACUGGGGCAUGCUCCUCAUCAGUGUGCUCAUCCUUGGCGGCACCGGUGUCAUCUUCACAGACGUUCUGCCAAUCGAGUGGCAGGGCCACGGAGGCUUCUUCGUCUACUGGCCAAUGGUCCUAAUCGCUUCGGGACACAUUCUCUACCACAUGGUCCUCAACCCUCAGCUUCUGCGAUUCUCCUUCUAA